ACUUGAAUAGCAGCACUGUAUAGCAGUAAUGAGUGCAUCAAAUCACUAGUAACUUCCACCCAUCACAUCUUCUUAUUAUAGCCUUUGCAUUAUUUUGGUGGGUCUCUCCCUCCUCUCAUCUAUAUCAAACUUGAUGAGACACCAAUCAAGAUAGAUAGAGAGUUAAUUCAAUUCAUGGCUGGUAGGCUACCUGGUGUUGGAGUGCCCCCUAGAAAGAGAUCUUCUUCUUCUUCUUCAUCAUCAUCUUGUUCUUCUUUGUUAGAGCACAACCACUACAAUCUUGCCACCUACCGAAGAGUAUCAUUAGUGGAGACAAGUGCCUUGGAUGAAACUGCUCUUAAGGCCAGACAAAGACUUCAGAAGAAGCUUGCACAAUUUUUUCCUUCUUCCAGGGAAAAUGAGAAUCCAAUAAGAGAAGGAAAAGUGAAGAAAGAAAAGAGAGAUGAAGGAAUAAUAAUAGGAAGGAAGCUAUUAUCAAAUGCAUGGUUAAUGCGUGCUAAGAAGAACGAGAGAAAAGUGUGUGCAGUGUGCCUAGAAGAUUUCCAGCAAGAGAAGCAGAUUAUGAACCUUUCUUGCUCUCACAAGUUUCACUCUGCAUGCCUUCUCCCAUGGCUUCAAUCCCAUCCUCACUGUCCUUAUUGUCGAACCCCAGUUGAUGCACACACAUAUACUCCUUAAUUAAGCAUUCUGUAUUACAUGUUUCUAUUUUUACUUAUAAAAGCUUAUAGACUUGAAUAAAUUUCUUAUCCCUAAAAAAUAUUUGUUUUCUGAGUUUA